ACAGACAGACAGACAGACAGACAGAAACAGAGGGACAGACAAAGACAGACUGAACACGGACUCUGAGACUCUGCUUGUUGGAGAUCUAAACCAUGGUGAAACUAAAAUCUAAACCAGCUGCUGUUCUCCUGCUGCUUCUGCUGCACAGCUGCCUGGCCGACCACGUUUUCCUGAAGAGCCAGUUGGCAUCACAGGUGUUGGUCAGGAGCCGUCGAGCCAAUCAGCUGUUUGAGGAGGUGAAACCAGGCAACCUGGAAAGAGAAUGUGUGGAAGAAAUCUGUGACCAUGAAGAAGCCAGAGAGGUGUUCGAACAGACAGAUAAAACAGAAAACUUCUGGGAAAAAUAUCUGGACUGUAAGGGAACUCAGCUGGUAAGAACACAGAACAACAUCGACAUCAUCAGACAGUGUAUAGAAGGUCAGUGUAUUUCUGGUACAGGAGUUAAAUAUGAAGGAAACAUCAACAUCACACGGUCAGGAAAACAAUGUCAGUACUGGACGAGCAGCUUCCCACAUCCCAUAAUAAGGGAGUACAAUGCUUCAGAACCAAACAGCAUCCUUCACGAAAACUUCUGUAGAAACCCAAACAACAACCCAGAUGGACCCUGGUGCUUCACCAAAGACCCCACAGUCCAGAAGGAGACCUGUAGAGUCCCCACCUGUGGUGAGGACUUUGUCCCGCCCACGUUGGCCCCUGAACCAAUCAAAACCACUGAGUGUGUACCCAAUCAUGGCAUCGACUACGUCGGCAACCUGGCCGUCACCCUGGGAGGACACACCUGCCUGCAGUGGUCAUCUCCAGAGGCAAAGGCCCUUAGCAUAGACAAAGAGUUCAUACCCGAGGUCACUCUGCCAGGUAACAAGUGCCGUAAUCCCGACAACGACCCAGAGGGCCCCUGGUGCUACGUGGAGGUCGCCGGUAACGUGACCAUCGACUACUGCGACCUGGAGCUGUGUGAGGAUCUGUUGGUUGACUGGUCCACUGAUACAGAAGGAGGACAGGAGCGCUCCGUCCUGACACCUGCCAGAAAAAGAUUUUUCAAUCCUCGAACCUUCGGACAAGGAGAGAGUGAGUGUGGACAGCGCCCCCUGUUUGAAAAACAGAACAAGGUGGAUGCAAAAGAGAACGAGCUUCUGGACUCAUACCGAGAAAAACGUAUUGUUGGGGGCGAUGACGCCGAGGUGGCCUCAGCACCAUGGCAGGUGAUGCUGUAUAAGCGCAGUCCACAGGAGCUGCUGUGCGGAGCCAGUCUGAUCAGUGAUCAGUGGAUCCUCACCGCUGCCCACUGCAUCCUCUACCCACCCUGGAACAAGAACUUUACCUCCACCGACAUCCUGGUGCGACUGGGGAAACACAACAGGGCCAAGUAUGAAUACGGCACCGAGAAGAUCGUGGCCAUCGAUGAGAUCAUCGUCCACCCAAAGUAUAACUGGAGGGAAAACCUGAACCGUGACAUUGCCCUGUUGCACAUGAGGCGGCCAAUCAUAUUCACCAAUGAGAUCUUCCCGGUCUGCCUGCCCAGCAGGAAGGUCGCCCAGGCUCUAAUGACCGAAGGUUUCAAAGGUCGAGUGACGGGCUGGGGGAACCUGAAGGAAACCUGGAACCCUUCAGCCAGAAAUUUACCCACACUCCUCCAACAGAUCCAUCUACCAAUCGUGGACCAGGACAUCUGCCGCAGCUCCACAUCCAUCAGGAUCACAAACAACAUGUUCUGUGCUGGUUAUAAACCAGAAGAUAAUGAGCGUGGAGACGCCUGUGAGGGAGACAGCGGUGGACCGUUUGUGAUGAAGUACCCAGCGGAGAACCGCUGGUAUCAGAUGGGCAUCGUGUCGUGGGGUGAAGGCUGCGACAGAGACGGGAAGUAUGGCUUCUACACUCACCUGUUCAGGAUGAGCAGGUGGAUGAGGAAAGUUAUCGAAAAGACGGGAGAGGACGACGACUAGACUCACUUCCUGCUGUCACUGGUCAAGAAGAGAGUGCUAAUAAAGUUUGUUCAAAUCCUGAAA